AUGCUUUCAAAGAUCUCUCUCGCAGCUCUCGCGAGCCUCCUGCUCUCUCCAGUGGUAGCAGGACCGGUCAACGGCAAUGACCAUACUCCCGCCAACAAGAGGAGUCCUCUCGGUAUCAGCCUGCCUCCUCUGAUUCCAUCUAUUCCCGGAGUCACGGAACCUCUUGCCUCCAACGCUCCUCCUCUCCCCAUUCUUCAGAUUCCCACGCCUCCUCUCGCCAGCCCUCCUUUCACCGGCGCCAACAUCAAACCUAAAAAGAUUGGCUACUUCUGGACUGGAGCUGGCGACAACAUUCACAAGGACUUCUUGGUCACCGCCAGUUUGGACGAUGACACUUUCGGCCAGAUCAUCUAUCUCACCGAUGUGCCUACGAGCGGAAACUCUCCUCACCACUUGGGUAGCUCCCUCGACGGAAAGACACUCAUUGGUGGCGGCCUCCUGUCUCUGCUCAAGACCCAGGACACGGCCUUCUACUUUGAUGUAUCUAACCCAUAUGCGCCAAAGUUCAAGAAGUCUAAUCGAGCUCUGCUGAGUUCCAUUGUCGACGAGAUACGCGCCAAGCCAGGAGGUGGAUUUUUCAUCACGUAUAUGGGCAGUGCCGUUGGCACCUCGCCCGGCCGUCUGGUCGAGACCAACGCUGAAGGCGACAUCAUCCACGAAUGGCCAGAAGAUGUGGCUGGAACUCUCAACAUUCUUGGCGAGCAAUUUAGUCCCCAUGGUCUGGCUGUGGAUUUCAACAAGGGUAUCAUCCUGACUUCGGACUUCGUCGUGCCCAUUACCAUCCUGAAGCCGACGUUGGGAAUUCAGAAAGCAAGCACCCUCCGUCUGUGGAACUUGUCCGACAGAACAAUCAUCUCGACCAUUACGAUCCCCGGGGGCCUUGGUAUUCAAGAUGUCAAAUUUAUCCCUGGUAACCCUGAGAGUGCCGCUAUUGCCACCGCUGUCGGCCCUGGCCAAGUCUGGAUCAUCUACCCAUUCCGCCGUGACUCGUCUGGGAAGCAAGGCGUGGCUGAGCUGCUCUUUGACCUAGGUUCCAAAGCCAAAGAUUCGCUGGCCAUCUACUCGGACAUUACCGAUGACGGCAAGUUUGCGUACUUCACCAUCACUCUGGGCAACCACGUUGCAGCGCUCGACAUUUCAGACCUGGGCAAUGUCAAGAGGCUGGAUGACCCCAACGAGACGCAGCCAAUCAUUGGACCUCACUACGUCAAGAUCAGCCCUGACAAGAAGAAUCUGCUUGUCACUGGAUACUUUGUGCAGGGCGGUGACAUUUCCAUUGUCAACACGCCGGGAGAUUACAAGGGUCAUUGGCUCGACAUCCUUCCUGACGGAAGCCUCAGCUUCAACAGAUCAAUUGACUUUGAAAGCAUCUUCACACGCGACCGUGGCGGCGCUCGACCUCACUCGUCUGUCAUUUUCGACCUGACAGAUCCCAAGAACCCCAAAUACUACUAG